UAGGCCACGCCAAACAUUAGACAGACAACUCAAGCUACUCCAAGAACAAAGACAAAGCACGAAGCUCCAUAUACGCCACCUAACUUUCACUCUCUCCACACACCGAAAGAUCCUACUUCCAGGAGUUCCAACUUAGCACAUUUGAACAUGAAGAACCUUGCCACAUUUCUCGACAUUGCUCUCUUCCUUGUCAUUAGCUUCGCCUUCUUUUGGUCUCCCUCUCUUGGGAACUCAUGUAAUGGCCCCUGCCAAACACUAAAUGAUUGUGAUGGCCAAUUGAUUUGCAUCAAAGGAAGGUGCACUGACGACCCCCAGGUGGGCACACACAUAUGCAGCAAUUCGCCUCCGCCUCUGCCUCUGCCUCCGCAUCCGCCUCCGCCUCCGCCUCCCUCUAGUGGCGGAUGUCAGCCUUCAGGCACUAUGCAUUGCAAGGGACACUCUUACCCUAAAUAUGAUUGCUCCCCGCCGGUGACAUCGUCGACCCAGGCCAUCUUGAUGAUUUCUAACUUCAGCAAAGGAGGUGACGGCGGGGGCCCGUCGGAGUGUGAUAGCAAGUACCACGAGAACUCUGAGCUGAUUGUUGCGCUAUCGACCGGGUGGUAUGCAAGCGGGUCUCGGUGUGGAGAUAGGAUCAAGAUAAUGUCCACAAAGACAGGGAGGAGCGUGACGGCCAAAGUGGUCGACGAAUGUGACUCCAGGAACGGAUGCAACAAGUAUGACUAUCAACCACCAUGCAAGAACAAUAUUGUUGUUGGAUCCAAUGCCGUGUGGCAUGCGUUAGGGUUGGACAUCGAUGUGGGUGAAGAGAAUGUGGUUUGGUCUAUGCCUCAAGAAAUAAAACUUGUGUGCAUUAUGAGUUCCUAAA